AUGGCAGAAAUCGUCCCGAUCGGCACAAUCCUAGCCGUCCUCUCGCGCCAGAUCAUCAAAACCGCGGCAGCCGCAAACGACAUCCUUCUCGAGCACGAGAGCUUCGGGCUCCUUUCAAAACACCUCCUCGAAAUCGACCCGGUCCUCACCGAGCUCCAGUCCCGCCACCUGAGCGACUCCCCCGCCGCCCGCCUGGCUCUCGAGUCCCUCGAGUCCGACAUCAAGAAAGCCAAUUCCAUCAUCGACAAGUACAAAAACCGGGCGCGCUUCUACCUUCUCCUCAAGUGUCGCCACAUCGUGAAAGAGGUCCAAGACGUCACCCGAGAAAUCGGAACAUCCUUCUCGGCCCUCUCCCUCGCCAGCGUCGAGACCCUCUCGGGAAUCUCCGAACGAGUCAAAAGGCUGCAAGACGAGAUGCAACGGGCCCAUCACGAGGCAUCCUGCUCUCGUGUUGAGAUCGUCGAUAAACUCAAGCAGGGCCUCACGAACAGCCCGGAUUUUACGAACAAUAUGCUGAAGGAGAUCGCGCGGGCCGUGGGAGUUCCAGUCGAGCCCGACGUGAUCGACGGGUUCAGGAGAGAGAAAGAGGAGGCCGAGUGCCGGAUAGAAAAGGCUGAACUCCUGUUUCUCGAGCAGGUCAUCGAGCUCUUGUCACGAGCAGAUGCUGCUAGGGAUUACGAACACGUGAAGGAUCAGUACUUGCAGAGGGUUAAAGUGAUCGAGCGGUAUGACUCCAAAGAGGAGUUUAUCGAGCCCUUUAAGCCCUUCUUUUGUUGUAUAUCUGGGAACGUGAUGGCGGACCCCGUUAGCCUCUGCACGGGGACAGCUUGCGAGAGGGAGGCUUUAGAGGCGUGGUUCGAACGUGGGGAGAAGACAGAUCCCGAGACGGGUGAGGUUCUCGAGGACUUUACUUACAGGCCGAAUGUGCAGCUGAGACAGUCGAUCCAGGAGUGGAGGGAGCUUAAUUAUUGUGUAAAGAUUCGGUCUUGUAGAGGGAAAUUGUUGUCCGGGUUCGAGUCCUGUGUUGUGGAGGGUCUUUUGGUGGUGAGGGAGCUUGUUCGGGAGAAUUCGGUCAAUAGGGAUUGGGUGUCGAUCGGGGGUUUGACCGAUGUUGCUGUUCGUAUGGUCAGGAGUGAGGUCGAUGAGGGUGUGAGGAGGCUUUUGUUGGUGACUUUGAAGGAUAUUGUAGAUGGUCAUGACAGAAACAAGGAAAUUUUCAUGGAGAAUAAGGGGAUUGAGAAAGUUGUUCCUUGCUUAGGGAUGGAUUCAAGCAUAUCAAAGGCUGCUCUCGAGUUGCUGCACGAGGUUCUGCUUGAUAAAUCCGGUUGGAACACGCCUUAUUGUCGGAUGCUUUCUCAGGAGCACGACUUAAUCUUGCAUCUCGUUUCCCUUCGUAAAACAUCAGCCGAUGAAACUGCCAAAAUAGCAGAAGAAAUCUUGUUGAAGCUUUGUGAAGUAGAUGAGACUGUCAUUAUUCGAGCAGCUAAAGUGGACUGGUUCAGACCACUCAUCGAUAAGCUGAUCCAAGGAUCAACACCAGUAAAGGUACCACUUGUGAGAGAACUUGUUAACAUGGAGCUCGAUGACCGGAAAAUCGACUUACUUGGCAAGGAAGGAAUAAUUCCCCCCCUCCUCGAGAUGGUUUCUGAAAACAUCGAAUCAAAAGACGUCUCGUUACAAGCACUCGUAAAGCUCUCGAUUUCCCCUCACAACAAACCCCUCAUUGCAUCUUUCGGCGGUGUCCCUCUCAUUCUAAACCUACUCUCGUCCCCCAACAAGCCCCCCGUCCUCAUAAUUGCCAAAUGCGCCGAGAUUCUCUCCAAUCUUUCCUCAAAUGGCGAUGGUACUAAAUUUCUAGUCGACGAAUCGAGUAACCGGCUCAAUUUGCAGCCCGUAAUCACGUCCUUGUUAUCUUCCCAAGUAAUCCUCCACUCUCCGGACACCAUCCGUAAACCCGCCCUGCGGUCCCUCCUCGCGAUCUUCCGGUCUGACUCUAUGCUCGUCAAGUUCGCGGUCCUCUUCGCCGGUGGCGUUUCCGUAAUUCUCCCUUUGCUUGACGACUCGAAUCAAGAAAUUCGUGAACUAGCAAUCAGUCUCCUCUUUCUAUUUUCCCACCACGAACCGGAUGGCAUCGUCGAGUACCUACUAAAACCCAGACGUCUCGAGGCUCUAGUCGGACUCCUCGAGAAUCCAGACGGGGAGGCACUAGGGCUGCUGGAGAAGGUGUUCUUGUCGAGGGAUAUGGUAGAGGUAUAUGGGCCAGCGGCCAAGGGUCCGCUCGUGCAGCUUGCAGGCCGGAGCUUUUUGGAGGGUGGGCAUCUUAAAAGGAAGGCGACUAGGGUUUUGCUACUUAUCGAGCGGUACUCGAGGUCGUCUACAUCAUUGGUGGCAGGUUUAAGCGAUUGA